GCCGACGCCGGUCACCACCAUGGCAGCACCCCUCAGCCGCAGCGCCGCCGCCGCAGCCGCCGCCGCCGUCGCCGUCGCCACUCUGCUGGCCGCCCUCACCGGCGAGGUGUCGGCGCAGCGGCGCGGCAGCCGGCUGGCCAGCGGGGCGCCAUCGUCUUCUGCGUCGAACGCGGCCGCCGACUUCGACUGCCCGGAGGAGUUUGGUUAUUACCCCCACCCUACCGACUGCACGCAGUACUACGUCUGCGUGUUUGGCGGCGCUCUAGUCGAAUCCUGCACAGGUGGCCUCAUGUACAGUCACGAGCUGCAGACAUGUGACUGGCCGCGCAACGUCGGCUGUGGUGCUGGGGAGGGUGCUACUGUCAGUACCGUGCGAGUGACGGACCCACGGACGCGACAGACCACUCCAUCUGCACUGCCGCCCUCCAGGGCUCCAGUUGCCAUCUCUAGAGGACAACAGGAGCAACAACGCCAACAACAAGAAGAAAUUGUUAAGCACCAGCUAUAUGCAGAAGAUGUAGGCCCAGCCGAAGAAGUUGAGAUUGAUAGACAGCAGAGAGUGUACAGGGGUCAGCCAUCUACCUUAGGACAAGUACAAAGGGACAGGGAUGGAUUACGUCACCAACCAGUCAACAAUGUCAUACCAGCACCAACUGGGAGGGCAUCCUCUGGGGAUAAAAUUGCAGUUAUAUCAUUUGGAACACAACAGCAGGUGCAGCCAGCACAAUACAGGGUGGAACCCAGCAAUAGUUACCAGCCACAGCCACAAUCUGCAGUUCCUACAAAUCCAACCAUCUAUAAUAGCUCACAGCAAUAUGACACAGCUGCUCAGUAUGAUCCUUAUUAUAACAACUAUGAUGAAGAUGUUGAACUUUAUCGAGACAUUGAUUAUGGGCAGUACACUGGAAGCCAAAACAACCAGCAACAGCCAUACAGGGGCAACCAAAAUACGUAUAAAACAGCACCUCAACCGACAGCACCUCAGAGAACCAACAGCUACGUUCAACCUAGUUACAGUUCACAAGACGUUUACACUCAACAACAGCAGCCACAGCAACAGCAACAGCAACAAGAUUAUUCAGAUUCCUACAACACACAGCUUUCUGAUGAACAAUACAGGGAGCCAUCGAGGACACCAUCAAGACCUCAGAGCAGAGGUAGAGGAGAAAAUGCUGCCACAGCUCGGGCAGGCCCCAGUCAGAAUGACAAAACUGAGGAGCUUGAUGGCUCACUGAACCUUUCUUCACUAGCUUUUGAUACACCCCGAUCCUCUUCCCGUCCACCCACUGCAUCCACAAGGCAGCAGCAGUUUCAGGCUAGGGGAUCUAACACAGAAUCUGAAGGAAGACGAUCACCUAUAAGAUCUACGCCUAGAACCUCCACAUCUCUUGAGGACACCCUUUCUGAAGAUCAAAAAUCGCCAAGUCGUGGACAGGCGAGUUCUCGGCGAACUUCACCGGUACCUGAUAGCCCAGGUGUAAAAUCUAGAUUUUCAGAGACAGCAAGUCUUCCUGUCUCGAGGGCAGUACCUCAGAAGCAACAAACCUCAAGUGGAAGACGAGCACCAGUUAAAUAUUAUGAGUCAUCUGAUACAUCACAAGGCUCUCGCAGCUCUGCAAAGAAUCCUGAAUUAACAAGUAUUGAAGGUUUCCGACAAGGGAGCUCGGAGAAUCGUCGAGGACCGCUAUUAAAAUCAGAGGCUAGUCCUGAUGUGGAGGCAGUUAUUACACCCCGAAGCCAGAAGGUUGUUGCUGAAUCCUUCCAGCCUGCCCGUUUGAUUUCCAGUAUGGAUGAUACUCAGAAUGAUGAUGAUGAAAUUGCAGACCCAGAUUUUCCAUCCAAAUCCCUCUCCCGUAACUCUAUUGUUCAAUCCGAACCUUCAACGACGAGUAGAUCAAGGUCCAGAGGUAGCGGCUCAGCAAAACAGGCUCAGUGUUCUGAUGAUGUUGAUUCCAAUAAAAAUACAGGAUGCAUCGAGAAACAGCAAGUGAGCAGAAUUAGACCAACAACUGCUUCCCCAGAAAGUCAGACCACCCCUACACCUUCAAGGACUCCAACUGUCAACAGGAAUCGUGGUAGCAGUCCAUAUGUGUCCAAUUCUGGUACAGAUACUGUUAACCGAGGAACUCCUGCUUCUGUCAGGACACGACCAACCUUAAAACCAUCAACAGCAUUUGUGUCAAAAGCUCAAGAAUUUGUUGACAUUUAUAAGUACCCUCCGAGCAGGCCUGCACCAGUCUAUCCCCAGCCACAGGUUGAUAAGACUGCUGCAAAAUGCCGUAAGGAUGUGUGUUUGUUACCUGAUUGCUUCUGUGGUGGUAAGGAUAUACCAGGAGAUCUGCCAGUGGAGCAAGUCCCACAAAUUGUGCUUCUAACAUUCGACGACUCUGCGAAUGAUUUGAACAAGGGACUGUACAGUGACCUGUUUGAGAAGGGCAGGAAGAAUCCAAAUGGCUGCCCUAUAGCAGCUACCUUUUAUGUUUCCCAUGAAUGGACUGACUAUAGCCAUGUGCAGAACUUGUAUGCCUCAGGUCAUGAAAUUGCAUCACAUUCCAUCUCGCACAGUUUUGGUGAACAGUUCUCUCAGAAAAAGUGGUCGAAGGAAAUUGGUGGUCAGCGUGAGAUCCUAGCACAGUAUGGAGGUGUGAGACUUGAAGAUGUCAGAGGCAUGCGGGCACCAUUCCUUGCAAUUGGUGGUAACAAAAUGUUCAAGAUGCUCUAUGACUUAAACUUCACAUACGAUUCUUCAAUGCCUGUGUAUGAAAACCGCCCACCCAGUUGGCCUUACACUCUUGAUUACAAGAUAUUCCAUGACUGUAUGAUUCCACCUUGUCCAACACGAUCUUAUCCUGGUGUCUGGGAAGUCCCCAUGGUAAUGUGGCAGGAUCUCAACGGUGGACGAUGUUCUAUGGGUGAUGCAUGCAGCAACCCUCCAACUGCUGAUGGUGUCUAUAAAAUGCUCAUAAAAAAUUUUGAGAGACAUUAUACAACUAACAGGGCACCAUUUGGAUUAUUCUAUCAUGCAGCAUGGUUCACACAGCCUCAUCACAAGGAAGGUUUCGAAGCAUUCCUUGACACAAUAGUUGCAAUGGAUGAUGUCUGGCUGGUGACAAACUGGCAAGCCAUACAGUGGGUACGACAACCUACACCACUUUCAGAGAUCAAGAACUUCCCACCGUUCCAGUGUAACUACGCAGAUAGACCCAAGAAAUGCAACAACCCAAAGGUGUGCAACUUGUGGCAUAAAUCUGGAGUUAGAUACAUGCGUACCUGCCAGGCUUGCCCUGAGGUUUACCCAUGGACUGGAAAGACAGGAGUGAAGAACAGCCGCAUUGAUAAUGAAAUCUAUGAAGAAACGUAAGAAUGUAAUAUCUGUUUUGUCAGUAAGAUGUUAUGGCCACAGCUUGACAACAUUGUUGUGCACAAUAAGAUCAUUCAUCAUCAUUUAUAGACAGAAGUAAUCUGAUUCAAUAAGUGCCUGUAAAUUUAAAAAUGUGUUAAAGAUAUUUGACUGUAUUGUGUAAUUGGCAAUUAUUUUAUUGGGAAUUGAAUAAUAUUCCUUUUGAACUGCAAUGAUUUCAUUUGAAGAAAAAUUAAACACAACAUUUACUUUUUUAAGAAAAUUUGUUAAAGCCUUUUCCCAUUGACUUAUUUUGUGAUAAAUAUUUGUGGAAUAUAAUAAGUUCAGACUUAUAUUAAUUAUACUGAACGUGUGACAAGUCCUGCUGCAUUGUGAAUGCUUGUUCACAGAAAAUAUACUAUUAAAAUUUGUACAUAUUCUAUUUAGUCAUUGGAAAGAAAAAGACUUGUAUAGUACGCAACAGACAUUUUUAUAUAUGUAUAUGUCAUUCUGCAAUAUAAGAAAAAAAUGAGCAAAUGUCAAGUUUUGCAGUAGUUGAUGAGUCUUGUGUACAAAAAUGUGUGUUUGUGAAGAUUUUUAAAAAUUCUCCUAAUUAAGUGCCAUUCAGCCAUUGACACAGCUCAUUAACUCUUAGAAUUUCAAAAGUACAAAAUACUUUCCUCAGUAAUUUCUAUUUUAAGAGAAAAAAUUUCUGACCAGUGAGGCCAUAUUCUGUGUUCACCCAUAACUGGCAGACUUUCAUAAACAUUUAGCCUCAUGACAGGAUGAACAGCUGUAAAAUCAAGGAAAUAAACAAAGAGAAAUAAAUGGCACAUCUUGAAUUACAUGAGUAUUAUUGGAAAUUUGUUGAGCUAUGUAAACUGUAAUGGGCAAUGCCCUGUACUAAAUGGUUUGUUCUAAGAACAUACCAGUCUUAUAUUAUUAAGUGGAAGUACAAACUUGGAUGUCUUAGAUGAAUUUAAGACACUGGGUUAGUAACUGUUAUUUAUUGUUUUAAUGAAAAUGUAAUAAGUUAAUCAGUUUGAUUUAAGUCUCUAAGAAUGGUAUAUUGAAGAGAUUAUAUAGUAUAAUCUUAAGUAACCAUUCUCAUACUUUCUUUUUGGAAUACUUGAACGAUUUGUAGAGCAAUCAAGUUGUACACAAAUUUAAAUUUGUACAAAAUUAUUCUAAUUUUGGCAUUAAAAAUAGCUUUUUAGUGUGUGUAUUAAUAUGUAUGCCAUGAAUGUUAAUUGACAUUAAUUAUGUUUGCAUUUGAUGACUAUCCUCAUUCUACAGUUUGAUGAUGAGGGUUUCUUGUCAUUUGAGUACACCAUCCUAGGCAUGACAUUAGGUGAUAUGUACACAGUUCCUGGACUAGAACAUGUUGGACAGUUUUGUCAGUUUACCCCUUGAUGUAAAAUCACCUUUUGGGAAGAUAAUUCUAAAAAAAUAUACUGGCACUGUAGUAAGGAUCAUAUCUUUCUUUCUUUCUUUGGGCCAUCUAACAUGCUGAACAGUGUACUGCUAGAUCUGUCCACUAAAUUAUUCACAUUUUUCUGCUUCCUAUAAGCAGAUAUUCUGGUUUGAUUACAUAUAGAAAUGAAGUUGUAAAGAACAUGUUGCCAUAACUACAAAGUUUGUUAACCUACUUUUUCCUGUUGGUGCUUAAUGGCAGCAAUAUUGGUGGAAUUAUUUGUCAUCAAUUUUAGCUACAUGGCUCUUGUUACUAAACUGUGCCGUUAUUACAUUUUCUUAUGUAUGUGAUGAAAUUGUAUUAUAAGAUAGCAGUGCAAUUAAGUUUUUAAUAAUAAAUACCUUUUCAACAGAAA